AUGGCCUUCAAACAGCUCGUUAUCUUCUUCUUUUGCCUAUUCUACGGACAGGUUGUCGUAGGCUCAGGGUGCAAUCAAAUUCACUGCCAGGUGUCUGUAUGCGCUCCGAAUGCAGACGAGGCGUACAACGUGGCAAGCCUUGGUCUCGUUGCAAUCAUGGGACCUGACUGCGCGAGCUGGCAACCAAAUUCGCCCGUGAGCGGAGGCCAAGGUGCGUGCGCCAAUGGCCUUCAGACAUACACUGGUGCUUUCGAUAUCUGGCGAGGCUGGAAUGCGAUGGGUGGCGAUUACUCUGCUACUUUCGCGCAAUGGGGGAACUUUUUGGGCGCCACUUGCACUGGCGGCAAGACUGUCUCAUGCGAUCCAAAGUCAGGACAGUAUCCUAAUCCCGUCAAUGGAAAGUGUCAAACUCAGCAAUGUGUUAUCGACAAAACUUGUUAG